AUGAGUAAUCGAUUUGGCUUCCAGCCAGUUGUGAUGUUUGGAGGAUUUCUCACAUCUCUGGGAAUGAUCUCAAGUUCAAGUUCAAGUUCAAUUAUUGGCCAGUGCUGCGGUGUUUUCAGUCCAGGAGAGGUCCUCUGUGAUUUGCACACCCAGGAACUUGGUGCUGCUCACUCUCUCCACAGUCAUUGCUCAACAGCAUUCACCAGCUCCAUCAGUCAGAUGUACCUCACUAUUGAGAUUGUGACAGGACUGGGCUACUGUCUGACAUUUCUGCCAACCAUCACAAUCUUGUCCCAGUACUUCAGCAGGUGUCGUUCUGUGGUCACAGCUAUGGCCUCCACUGGAGAGUCAUUUGCUAUAUUUGCUUUUGCUCCAGCUUUCACAGCUCUUACGAACUUAAUUGGAUGGAGGUACACAAUGGUGGUGAUUGGAACGUUACAGGGCACCAUUAUUAUCUGUGGGGCUCUGCUCCGUCCCAUAGUCAUCAAACCAAAGAUUUUUCCAGCAGAAACUGACAAGAAGAUCACAUGCUCUUUUCCUGAAGAACAAAUGCAAGGCUCUGCUUGCUUUAAAGAUUCAGGUGUACAGUCACUUGAUGAGCUGAAACAGGGUCUCAAAUCUGGGAAGGAACAGAAAGAAGCGGAACCACUUCAGAUUUCUCCAAAACAACAAGCCAUGUCAACCAAAAAUAAGCUCCUGGAUUUGACUGUACUAAAAGAAGGGAGUUUCUUAUGUUAUUCAGCCUUUGGCCUUUUUGCAACACUGGGCUUUUUCACUCUGCAGCUGUAUGUGGUGGAGCUCAGCGCAAAUUUGUGUACCGAGAGGGGCAAGGCGGCCUAUAUGCUGUCAACAAUGGCCAUUGCUGAGAUCUUUGGACGUCUCUCCAUUGGAUGGGUCCUGAACUGGGGGCAUAUCAGAAAGAUCUUCAUACUUCUAGGAUUCUUGUCACUGAUGUCCCUGGUGCUGGUGUUGUUUACUGUGGUUAAUGGCUUCUGGGGGCUGGCAGUGUGCUGUGUGCUUUACGGCUUCUUACUUGGGAACAUUGCAUCCAUGCACAUCCCGAUGUUGGCCGAGGAUGAUGUCGUAGGGAUCCAGAGGAUGCCUUUAGCUGUAGGCGUCUAUGUCUGUAUUCAGAGCUUUGCAAGACUGGCUGGUCCACCAUUAGGAGGUCUCCUUGUGGAUGUUACGCAAAAUUACAGGGCUGCAUUCUACUCCUGUGCUGCUGGAAUGGGACUAGGUGCCAUCUUCCUUGGGUUCGUACGUCCAUCUAAGACAGGUCAACUGUGCUCGAGGAGGAAGAAUAGACAGAAAAACCCCAUAGUGGAGCAAGUGUGCAAAGACAAACUGGAGGAAAUUCUAGAAGUGGAUAAUCAAGAUAUUAAGUCUUGACUUCCUUUCUGA